AUGCUGGAACCCAUCGUUCAUGUGAGGCCUCCGGAAGGUGGUGAAGUUGACUCUCAGUCUCUGGAUCAGGUCCUCGUGGCUGUAGGGGAAGUGGAGAAAGUCCAGGAUCUUCUCCACUUCUCUGACGGUGUCGUUUUGUAGGUCUUCGUAGCUCACCACAUGCACUGGGUGGUUGUCAUUCAUAAACACCCACUGAUUCAACCGCAUGAACC